ACAGAAGUUGAAUUACCAACAGCCGGCACCAGCUUUGCCAUUUCUCUCUCUCCGCAUCUCCUCCUCUGGAUGAAUUUCUAUUGGCUUGGCCUCCUCCUUGGUUUGGGAUCCAGGGCCGUCUCACUUGUUGGAACAAAUCUGGUGUUGUGGAUUGACUGUGCCUGGCUUCUAGACAACUAAACACUCAAGCUUUGCCUUGAUUUUGAAGGGGAUCUCCUUCCCCACCCUCACUGUGAGAAUGUUGGUGCUUCUGGCUUUCAUCAUCGUGUUUCACAUCACCUCAGCAGCACUGCUGUUCAUCGCCACCAUCGACAAUGCCUGGUGGGUAGGAGAGGAAUUUUUCACAGACAUCUGGAGAGUAUGUCGCAACAACACCAAUUGUACAGAAAUUGAUGAUAGCUUUAAUGGUUAUGCAACUAUCCAAGCCGUGCAAGCCACUAUGAUCCUCUCCACCAUCCUCUGCUGCAUAGCCCUCUUUAUCUUUGUGCUCCAACUCUUCCGCCUGAAGCAAGGAGAGAGAUUUGUUUUAACUUCAAUUAUCCAGCUACUGUCAUGCCUGUGUGUCAUGAUUGCUGCAUCCAUUUACACAAACCAGCGUAAAGAAAUCCAUGACAGCAAUGGGAUGUAUUACCAAGGAAUUCAUGAAGGGAACUAUGGCUAUUCUUUCAUCUUGGCCUGGGUUGCAUUUGCCUUCACUCUGAUCAGCGGCAUAAUGUACCUAAUACUGAGAAAGCGUAAAUAAAACCCCCGGAGCUAACUUUCCAUCACUAUAGUAGAGAACCCAAAUUCCAAUAACCAAUUUGUAUAUAAUCUUUUUUUUUUUUGGUUUUGUAGCAAAAGUAUUGUUUCUUUGUAAAGCGAAAAAAAGGAAAAAAAAAAAGGUUCUGCAUCCUUGGUAUCUGAUAGAAAGACUAUGAAAAGGAACAGACAGUAUUCUGAAACACUUGGCCAACCAAGAGGUUGAGCAAGACAAAGCUAACAAUCUGAUUUCCUCAGCAUAAUGUUUCUUAACCUGACUGUGCCUGUGAUCAGAUGCAACCAGAUACUAACAAACCCCUUUCCUUUCCUCAUCCAGCAGGGCUCAUUACAAUAUAUAUGACAAGUCAGCACUGUCCUCUCCUCUGCCAAGGUUCUUAUCCUCAUAUGACUCAGUAGGGCCAUAGAGGUAGAAAGUGGAAUCAGAUGGGUAGGGGGAAAGCAACAACAAAACCAAAGAAUGAAGGCCAGAUGACACCUUUAGCCCUCAUAGUCAUAGUAGAAAUUUGCAAAGGCCAGUGUUGGUUGGUGUGUCUAUUUUCUGUGUGUGUGUGUGUGUGUGUGUGUGUGUGUGCGGGUAUGUGUGUGUGCUAACCAUGAGGUUCAAGUCGGUCCUGUGGUGGCUUGUGAAUUUGUACAGUGAAAUACAAUGGCUCUUGCUGGGUAAACCACUUGCUUUGAAAAAAGUCAGCCUUGAUUUCUGCAGACUGGAGGGAGAAUUCUCUCAUAUUCAUGCUCGUUGUGCAGAGCUUCUUCAAGAAGUUACCAACAAUGUUGUCACCUUAGCAAGUGAGGGUGGGGGAGUGGAAUAGCCCUCAAGUGAGAACCAGUGAACAACUCCUGGCAAGACCUGUUGGCCAAAGCCUGGUCACCGCCAAUCCUUGGCAGUUCUAACUCCAAAUGUCAUCUCAGCAUCUCAGCAGGAGUUUGCUUUCUCUUAGCUUACUCAGGUUUUGGCUUGAAGUGGUUCCUUUGGAAGAUUUCAGGGUUCAUUUAUCUCUCCCACCCCUGGCUCCCCAAAGGAAACAAAGUCCAGGUUGUCACGGUUGAACGAACCUCUUAAAAGAUGUGGAGAUGGUGCACACGAUGUAUUGCUCCCUCUGCUGGUAAUCUAUGAGAACAGCAAGUGCCUCCCCGCCUGACUCCCUGGAAACAAAUGCCAAAGCCUUCCAUAAUGGACAGCUGUGUCAUGUGAGCCCAAACCUCCAUAGAGCCAAGGGUUGCAAGCUUCCCUCCCCUUCCCAUUUCACCUCUUCCCCUGUUCUUUCCUCUGGGCGGCUGAUUAAGAAAGCAACUAAAAUGAGAAGAUUGGUACAUCCCUUUGGAUCCCUGCCUGGCUUGCCCUGUGGCAAACAUCUUUAACAGCUAAAAAAUGAUCAGUGGAAGAUAAGAGGAAAGAAAGCAGCAGGUCGCCCAAAUCCAGUAGAUGGACAUCAUUCCUUAAGUAACAUACAACCAGCUGUCCUUCAGUCUCCUCAGUGAAUAAAUCUGGAGAGUAUGCAUAUCUUUAAAUGCUACUGCACGUAUUUAGAUGAGCCUAAAUAUAGUUGCCUUUGACUCACUCCAUUGGCAUUUAGUAAGCCUCGUACUGUAUCUGUUACACACAUAUAAUACUUUGCAUAAUCUUCCAUUGAAGAUUUCAUGUUCUUGAUAACAGAUGAGUAGGUUAGCGCUGGGGUGGGGGGUUGUUUUGUUCUGGGAUUUUUAAUAUUUAUAUAUAAAUAAUGUUAGGUUUGUGGUGUGACUUAAAGACACAGGAAAUCCCCAAAUGAGCCUAGGCCUUCACCUGUGUGGCAAUUUCCUUUUUUUUUCCUUAAAGAAAAUCUGUAUGUGUGUUCACUUGUACCCAUAUGUGCGGAUGGAUGGAUGUGUGCCUCUGUGUGUGUGCGUGUGUGUGUGUGCGUGCGCGCGCAUUUCUCUCUCACUCAGGACUUGAGGGGAGGUGUUUCUCUAACCUCCGUAUUCUGUCAUUGGUCUGUCUUGUUACACCAUGGAUGUUAUUUAAAUGUAGCUUUUUGUAUUUUCCAUUUUGCUCAAUGUAAUGGUGAUCUAUACACAGUCAGACCAACACAGAAGAAGGUGGGAAGAGGUGGGAAGGGGAUAGCUUGGCUAUCUAUCCACCUUAAAUUUGGGCAGCAACAGGGCCCUAUCUCACCUAAGUUACUCAAGUGAAGACCACAUGGGAAUCCCAGGGUAACUAACAGGGUGUAAAAUCAUAGUAGACUUACCAACUGCCCAAUAGUCGGAGAAUCAUAGCUUUUGUAGUUGUUUGUGGAUGGGUCUCAUGUUGACUUACUAAGAGAAUCGCGCAGGAAAAUUAGACUAAAGGACUCACUAAGGGUUAAAGAUGGCAUCUCUAUAAUAGGGAGUUGGACUUUGGACUAGUCUUUUUAGUGGAGUAUUAAAUAUCUUAAAGACAAUCUGAAAAUUAUUGGGUGCGUUUAAUAGUGUUGCAGUACUCUGUGGAUGCCCACAUCCUUCUAGGAUGCCAAGUUUUUGAGACAGGAGACAACUUUUUUUCCCCAAAAUUCAAUGAUUGACAUUUGUGAGAAUUAGAGAAAAGCAACAGUAUCAAAGGUGAGGAAUUUAACUUACCCAUGUUGUAAUGAUAAAGGAAAAUAAAAUAUCCCACUGGGCAGGGCUGAUGGCUGUUACUUGAUACUACCUGCCAAAUUAUUCUAUCAACUCAGAGUGAAAACUAGUGCCAACCCUGUCAACUGUUCCAGUGUGAGAACUCCCUCUAUCAAGGCAGGUCAAAAUCUGCUUAUGACUUACUUAAUAGAAAAUUAAUAAGGAGUUCGUUGAAAAACAGUGGUUAAGAGGCUUCCCCAGGGACAGGCAUUGUCACAGGCAGGAUCUGACUUAAGAUCCAGCAUUCAAACCAUGAUGCCAGACUGUCUAUAUAAGUGAAUAUUAGGGCCAAAUUUUUUUAAAAAACUUCUAUUAUGAUAAAAAUCCAGUUUGAGAAAAUAUAGUUUGUGCAUUGUAUAAUUUUUUUUAGAAAGUACUGCAAUUCUAUUUUCUAGAGGUGACCAGAUGGAGACCAACAGCUAAUUUUGUUAAUUUGCAUUAAGCCACUGCAGGUUUUCCUCACCCCUCCUUUUAAAUUACCUUAAUAAAUUCCUAAAUUAUUGGCCAGAAUAGAUAAAUGUACGUAGGUGUUCAACAGUGGGAAGAUCUGAGAUGCUUUAUAAACACCAAUAUACCCCCAUGCUACAGGAUUGCUGCUAUGCAUAGGUACACACGCCCUGGUGGACAGGUAGAACUCCCAUGAUGUGGGCUGAUAACUCCCAGUAUUAGCUGAAGGAAGAGAUUUUUGACACCCAAGUUCCUGUUUGCUUAUGUGCUUACACUAAACACACAGUAGUCUAGAUUUAAACUGUAUAAUAAUUAAAACUGCCUGGAUGGGGAUCACUAAACUAAUCCACAGUAACAGUUACUUAAAAAGAACAAGUUGUAAAAUUUUGUAUAUUGGGGGUGAUGGUGAUGGGGAAAUGCCAGGGAGGGGGAAAGCAUAGAGACUGAAUUAGAUGAUUAGUGUCAGAACAAAUGUGAUUUUAGGAUUAGCUAGGUUCUUUCUACUUAAUGUGCCUUUAAAAUAUUCCAUUUUCUAUGUUUUAUAUAAUCUGAAGCUGUACAUGAAAAUAAAGUUUAAACAAAGUG